GUGAUUAGGUUCUCUUUCCAAUCACCCUCGUCAUGGUGCAUACACCUGUUGAAGAUUUGAAUCUCCCCCCGUGCCUGCUCUGUGCCUCUUUGGCUAUGGGUUUCUCUUACAUGACUCUGACUAUGCGGCGGCCGACUUCGUACAGAUUCUGGUUGGAAUCCUGUGACACUACGUUACCCCCCUCAAUUCUCCACCAAAGAAGCAGUCGUUACUUGCCGUUAGGGAGCAGUAAGUAUCAUCUUGCACCUUUUUCUACUGAUCUUAUACUUCGAGCCACAUCCACGUUCUCCCCUCUUCCACCGCAUCUCUAUCGCACCAUUUCAUCACAUCUCUACAUUGCAUUCACCGAAGGAACUUACCUCAAAGACUCUGAAUGGUCAGAAGAGGAGAAGAAAGAGAAGGAAGAAAAUCCUCCAAAUCCACUCGCUGAUCCGGGUACCAUGGAUGGCAUGGUGGAAGGGCUGAAGAAGCAAAUGGUCAUGGGUGCCGCAGAUGCUCGUUAUGGGAUGGAUCAAUUUCUUCUUUCAGGGUUUUGUUUUGAGUCAGAAAAUGGUCAGUAUAUUGAUCCGUUCCGAUUUUUUUUGUCCGAGCUAUUGGCUGAAGGCCAAUUGUUUCCUGCCCAUUUAUGCACUGCCCUUCGUACAGCCGCAGACUCAACGCCAGAUAUGGCUGCUCAGGCCUCCCCAUUCGGCUCCGUGCUGUCCGGAGCUAACGCGCCACCAGUCAUUGGACCAGGGGCUCCAGAUUACAAGAAGCUUUUUGCUCAAGAAAAAGAGGAGCAAUAUAAGUGGGUUUGCGAUGGCGUAGUGUUGGAGCAAUGGGGCAAGAUACGUGCUAUAAAGUGACCCUAUAGGUGCAUUAUUCGGCUGCGGCUCCCCGCAUCUUAUGUAGGUGUUUCCUGUCCCGUUGGGCGUUGUGAUAUAGGGAUUAUUAUUAUAAUUUUAAGGACAAUAGCCCAGGCAUAUUGAGGGCAAGCUGCCCUGCCAGCAGCUGGUUCCAAUAUGGAUGAAUUCGGCCACCUCGCCCAUUUUGUGUCGUGAUUUAAGGGUUAUCGUUAUGAUGGAGGUCCAAGGAUGUGAUAUUAAAUCUCCGCCCAGAGCGAUUAUGUUCCAGGUGUCGCAGCCAACCGAUAAGCGGCACAGCAGCGGCCAGCAAGCGCCGGGUGGUCUUAGCUUGGCAAUAUUCGUGUCCCCCACACAGGUGCGAACUCUCACGCUCAUUUUACUCGGCAGCGGGAACGCCGGAAAGAAGCCUCCACCCAAUGGCGGAGCAUGGGCUAUUGGAUC